GCUCGGUAUUGAUACCAGGCCUAUCGAUGUCGCGCUCGCUUGGUUUUAUUUUUUGGUUUUAUUUUUUGUUUUGUCGUGGUUCUCCUCUAGCCAGGACCUGCGGCGUACUCGGCGUGUCAUCUAAAAGCAGCAGGCGGUUGCGAGGGCAGGGCGAGGGUGGUGGUGCGAAACAAAGAAAGUGGGCAGACGAGGUCGGAGUGAGGGGAAAGGGAGAUGACGAUGGGUGGUUGCGGGCAUCCCAGCAGGGAUUGCGGCACCGCUUGCGGGAAAUUCAAUUGGGCCCCAGCUUACCAAGGCACAGACGGAUUGGCCACCAAGGCCCGACAGCCUACGAUGAUUACGACAGCGGCAAUGGCAGCGACAAGUGGCAGCGGCAACCGCCUGGAGCACCCAACCUCCCUUCACAAAGCGCGUCCCCACGCGCACAUCUUGGCUUGGCCAUUGCCGGCUUCAGCCAUUGGGACAAAAAAAGGCAUAAGCGCCAAUGA